AGGAACUUGGAUCGCUCAACUGGAGAAUAUUCUUGAAGAAUUUUGAAUAUUCUUGUCGGCGUAUUCUUGAAGAAUUUAAAGAGCCUCUAUUUCGAAAGGUUUCGAGAGAGGAUACAUCGUUAGGAUCUCCAGAGACGAAUCAGGUGAAAGUAUCAUUCAGCCGUGAUCCCACGGGCACGUCAAAACGUGUUCACGUUUCUCGAUGACGAACACGUGCCGUGGAACGGCGUGAACGAUUUUACGGGGACUAAAUCGUCGGCUGGGGACCAUGAGGCGACUGGUGGUUUUGUGGUGGGUCCUGUUGCUCCUGGGAGCGGCGACGGCCGUGGAACACCAACGACAACAGAACGGCAGGACGACCGAGUGUCCGCAUAAGUGCGUGUGCUUCGUGAGCACGGUUCGGUGCAUGUUUCAGAAGCUGAACCGGGUGCCCCGUGUUCCGGCCAGCACCACUGUUCUUGAUCUACGGUUCAACAACAUAGCCGAACUACGGCCCGGUUCGUUCCACGGGCUGCCGCAGCUGCACACGCUGCUGUUGAACGACAAUCGGAUCAGACACCUAUCGCCGAGGACGUUCGAGGGCGCGCCGAACCUGAGGAUCCUCUAUCUCUACAAAAAUCAUCUGGAGCGUAUAUCCCCCGAUGCGUUCGCCGGUUUACCGAAGCUCGAACAAUUGUAUCUGCACUACAACCGACUGAGGGAGAUCAAGAAGGGCACGUUCAACGAGCUUCCGUCCCUGGAACGGUUGUUCCUUCACAGCAAUAUGCUCCAUCAUCUACCCGCCGACGCGUUUCAGAACGUCGGCCCGAUGACCAGGCUACGUCUGGACAGCAACGCGUUGGUCUGCGACUGUAAUCUCGUGUGGCUGUUGCAACGGAUGCAGAACAAUCCGUCGGAAAUGGCGGCGGUGUGCCAGUCGCCGGGGGAAAUGAAAGGACGAUCCCUAACGACGAUGUCACCCGAUGAUUUCCAUUGCACCAAGCCACAGAUCAUGACCGGUCCCCAGGACGUCGAGGUCCGACUAGGCGGCACGAUCACGUUCAGCUGCGAGGUCGCCGGCGACCCGACCCCGGAGAUCAAAUGGAUGCGUGACUCGAACGAGAUACCGGUCGACGGUGACCGUUACGCGAUCGAAGAAGACGGGACCCUGGUGAUAACAGACGCGACUGAGCAGGACACAGGCGAGUACGAGUGCGUCGCCAAAAGCGAGAUGGGCUCGACCAAGUCGCGCAAAGCGAGGGCGUUGAUCACCGUGUCCCCGUCGUUGCGGUUCACCCAGCUCCCGGAGUCGCAAACCGUACGGAUCGGCACGGACGUCACGUUCACGUGCAAGGUGGAGGGUGUACCAGCGCCGCGGGUCCAAUGGUGGCGGGACAACAGGCAACUGGGCGUGGCCGGUCGUGUCGCGAUCGAGGACGACGGGGACGUGUUGCGUAUCGUCGCGGUGAAGGAAUCGGACGCGGCCCGAUACGUGUGCCGGGCAAGGAACUCGAACGGAUACGCGGAGACCAGCGCCGAUCUGAAGGUGGUCGACUCGACCUACAGUCCGCCAAGAUUGACAUACGAGCCGCAGGACAUGGAGGCGGAACCGGGCGCCAUCAUUGAGGUGCCGUGUAGGGUCGAGGGUAUCCCGAAACCGUUGAUACAGUGGAAGAAGGACGGAACCGCUGUCGAAGGGGACAGGGUACGAGUGUCCCGUGGGGGGAGCUUGUACCUUUACAAUGUCACCUCGGCGGAUACUGGCAGGUACGAAUGCUCGGCCGUAAACGAAUACGGUCGCGCCACUGCCCAAGCCCUGGUCCGCGUUCGCCAACCAGAUACAACGGAUGUUUUGGUGAUAAGGGCAUUCAAGGACGCCAAAGACGAGAUCGAUCGUGCGAUUAAUAACACGCUGACGAGUCUCUUUAGCGGGGGCCGACCCACAGAACGGGUGAGCCCAUUCCGGCUCGCGAGAUACCCGAACGCCGGUGGUCGGGCUGCGGCCAGACCGGCCGAAAUUUUCGAACGGACCCUCGUUAAUAUACGACGCAUGGUGAACGCUGGUAUGAAGGCGAAUGCCACUGAACAGUACAAAUACGAGGAGUUCCUUACACCAGAGCAGGUAAGAGAAAUCGAGAGGCUUUCCGGAUGCACAGGUCACAGGCGUCGUCAGAAUUGCACGAAUAUGUGCUUCCACAACAGAUACCGGAGCAUAGACGGCAGCUGCAACAAUCUACGCAAUCCUACUUGGGGUUCGUCCUACACCGGUUUCCGCAGGAAUUUACAACCGAUCUACGAGAACGGUUUCUCGACGCCAGUCGGUUGGGAGAAAGGUCGCCGUUACUAUGGAUACCCAAAGCCCGCGGCCCGAUUGAUCUCGACCACUUUGAUAACAACGCAGAAUGUGACCUCCGACGAAACGAUCACCCAUAUGGUGAUGCAAUGGGGUCAGUUCUUGGAUCACGAUAUGGACCACGCGCUGCCCGCGGUCUCCAGCGAAUCCUGGGACGGGAUCGACUGCAAGAAAUCCUGCGACAAUGCCGCGCCAUGCUUCCCGAUGGAGAUCCCGCCGAAUGAUCCGCGUGUGAACAACAGACGGUGCAUCGACUUCAUACGAACCAGCGCCGUUUGCGGAUCAGGGGCAACAAGUCUUCUGUGGGGUGGUUUCUCUCCCAGGGAACAACUGAAUCAGUUGCCCAGUUACAUAGACGCCUCUCAAGUGUACGGUUACGGCGAUGACGUCGCCGAACACCUCCGAGACUUUACCACGAAUCACGGCCUGUUACGAGAAGGAUCAACUAUACCCGGUCACAAAGCACUUCUACCGUACUCAUCCGGUCAGUUCGUCGAUUGCAGGCGAAAUCCACUGGAGAGCUCGAUCAACUGUUUCGUAACCGGGGACAUUCGAGGCAACGAGCAGGUGGGUCUGCUGGCGAUGCACACGAUAUGGUUGAGGGAGCAUAACCGUAUAGCUCGUAGUCUCCGUGAAAUGAACCCGCACUGGAACGGCGAGAAACUGUAUCAAGAGGCUAGAAAGAUCGUCGGCGCUGAGAUGCAGCACAUCACCUAUCAGUACUGGAUACCCCGUGUCUUCGGCGGUACGACCGACGAGCUACUCGACUCCUAUAAGGGUUACGAUCCUAAUGUGGACGCCAGUGUGGCCAACGUUUUCGCUACCGCGGCUCUCAGGAUUGGUCAUACCCUCAUCCAACCGCGACUGGAACGUUUAAACGAGUCCUUCCAAUCGAUACCACAAGGGCCCCUCCUUCUACGAGAUGCUUUCUUCGCGCCGUGGCGGCUGGUGGAGGAAGGCGGCGUUGAUCCUUUAUUAAGGGGGAUGUUCGCCACCCCCGCGAAAUUGAAGUUACCCGAGGAGAACUUGAACUCGGAAUUGACCGAGCAACUGUUCCGUACGGCUCACGCGGUAGCGUUGGAUCUGGCCUCGAUGAACAUCCAACGUGGCAGGGAUCAUGCGCUUCCGGGGUACGUGGAAUGGCGGCGAUUCUGCAAUAUGUCGUAUGCUGAGACGUUCGAGGACCUGGCCGGCGAAAUACGCAACGCCAGGGUCAGACAGAAGAUGAGGGAGCUGUACGGUCAUCCCGGGAACGUAGACGUGUGGGUCGGCGGUGUUCUCGAGGAUCAGCUCCCGAACGCAAAAGUGGGACCGCUGUUCAAGUGUAUUCUGUUGGAACAGUUCCGACGCACCAGGAACGGCGAUAGAUUCUGGUACGAGAGUCCGACGGUGUUCAAGCCGGAACAACUUGCGCAGAUCAAGCAGACCAGUCUGGCGAGAAUUUUAUGUGAUAACGGCGAUAAUAUUAAACGCGUACAACCAAAUGUGUUCCUUCUGCCCGAGGGCGAAAAUAAAUACGUCACCUGCGACGAACUGCCGUACAUGGACCUGAGAGUCUGGUCCGAUUGUUGCGACGGUUGCGAAGAUCAUAGUAACACGAUCUCCCGUUUCCGGCGUGGCGCUGCCAAAUACAUGCCUCCGGAGAGUAACCUAGCGAACGAUUUGGCAACGCGGGAUCCCGGUGAGAGGAUCGAGUAUAUAGAAAGGACGAUCGAGGAGACCCAAGAGGAAACUACAAAACUUACAAGAUUAGCCGAGACUUUGUCUCGUAAGAUAGAAGAAUUGAGGUCGCUUUUAGAGAACGUGAAAAAUAUGAAAUAGGAUGGUAGAUAAAUUACCAUUCUCUGGGUGGUACUUGGACUCUUAUCCGUUUCUAUUUACUUAGACGCGCUUGUAUUUUAUUAAUUUUACGCAUUUAUUAAUGUACAUACACUGUGAAUUUGUAGAAG